AUGGGUCGUAACUGUGAGAAUGACAUUAGUUGCUUGACCGAGGGCAAUACUAUGACUAGUUUUUGUGUGUCCUGCGUACAGCUUCGGUUCACUCCUCUUGAUCAUGAAUUGGAGCGACAGACGGUGCGGCAGCUGCGACAGUUGCUAACUGGCCCUGUACACCUUGUAAGUGUUUGGGAUGUCCUUGGACGAACGCGGCUUCUCAAUGUUAUGCUGGAGAGUUUAGGAUCGCAGUCACGACUGCGUUUACUUGUGUCUGAGGGGAAUAGCCUUGUGGAUUAUAUGCGUGUGAUAGAAAUUGCCACAGAGGCCAAUCCCCAUGAGUGUAUGCGGCAAAUUACUCUGGACGGAACCUCUGGCGCCGGGUUGUUUGCCUUUUUUCCGCUGCUGGUGCGAAUUCCUUUGCUUGAUGGAGGGUUAACGCGGCAUCACCUUUGCUUAAAUUCAUACGUGAGGACCAUCGUGCUGCUCUUGUCGGAUGCAAGAAACUGCACUCUCCUUGCUCGCCUUAAGCUAUCACCGAUACAGUUGCUGCUUGAUGCACUUGACCUAUCCCCAUCUGACCGACAAGAGGUUGCUCUGCUGGCGGUUCGAGGUAUACUUCAGAUUCUGUUAGGCACGGCUGGGCUCACCAAACGGUGGGUGGAGGCUUUUGCUCUUGUUGAUGGACCAGCGAGGUGUCUAUCGACGAUCACGCAAUGGUGCAGUAUGGCCGAAGACCCAAGCUGUCCCCUACAUGAGCCGAGUACAGUACUGUUUGACAUUCUGUGUCUCCUUAUUUCUCUGCCUGAUAGUGGCCGAUCGCCUUCUCACUCCCUUUACCUGUAUCUCAGAUCCUUUCAUUGGGAGAUGGAAGAAAUGGAGCCGGAUCCCUCCGUUUAUAGAUCGACCUUGGGCAUGUUCGGGCUUCGUGUCAUGGUGCGGGCUGCUCUUCUGGUCAUGAAGCACCAGCCUGUGCUCUUUCGCCACCUUGUCCCACUCCUCAUCUGUACAGUUCGCCUGGGUAACACCGAUAUCGUGGCGGCCGGGCUUGUUAGUGAGGGACUGGUGGAUGUAUUAAGGUACUAUAUGCAAUGCAGCUCUGCCCCGGAAGAAGCGAAGGUGGGAAGCGUAAUAGCGACUAUAGUGCGUCUGUGUCUCACAGUGUGUGCCUCUCAUGCAGCUUAUGCCAAACAAAAAAAUGGAGCUCCACGCCUUUGCGCUCUAGUUGUGGAGCUUGCUUCAAGUUCUACGACAAUAACUUUACGUUAUACGAUUCAAACCCUUAUUCUAUUAGGCAGUCUUGUGAAUGGAACCUUCUUUUACACCCAGCUCGUCGCCGCGGAUCUGUUUGAGGAGCUAAAUAAAAGAGUUCAGAAUACAUCGAACCCGUGUGAAACUCAGCUGGUGAUAAGGUUUGUAAAGGAGGUUUGCACAAGGGUGCCUGCACUGCAAGGAAAUUUUUUACGCAUGGCUAGCACCAUCGUUGACAUAAUGCGCACUGAGGUAAGGAAUGGACCGAGGCUUCUCCUGGAGUGUGCGGAUCUAUUGUCGCUGGUGAUGCUGGAGUCUCAAGUGGGUACAUUGCAGAUUCAAACACUACUGCUACAGCUGCUUGGGCAGACAAAUUUUCAGUCUAAUGGGUCUAUCAUAACAAGUUGCUGGGCGUUACAGACGUGUAUAAGAUCAGUACGUCGAAGUUCAGCUGACCGUACCUAUGUUCCUACGGAGGUGAAUAGCAUAUUGAUUGGCCUUCAGUGCCUUUGUGUGAGCAUGGGUGACAGUUUUUCUUCAGAGUUGAUGAUGUUUGAUUUUUGUGCCUUGUAUGAUGAGAUGAUAGCCUAUCACCGUCACCAGCGGGACGCGUGCGGGAUGGAGCAGUCGCCGCAGCGGUAUCUGCUUAUGUGCGACUUUUUAUUGCUUGCGCUGCAUCUAUUAAGUCUUCUUCAUGUAAAUGCCUCGGCAGAGUUUAGACGGGACCUUUCUCGUCAGCUUGAAGAGAUUGUUGCUACAGGCCCCUUUCUUCAGUGCAGAUUAUACACGUCAAUAACUGCGCGGGCCUUUUUGGGCUUGUGCUCCUUGAGUUCGUUGGUCUUGUUGGAUGAAAUAGAGGCAUCAAAGAAGGAGUUCUUCGAUGCCGUACCGGCGACCCGCCAGGGGUUAACAGCCGGAUGGGAGCUCUACACUUCAUACGGUGACGACUGCUUUGCGUGUGCGAGACAGCGUAUUGUGCACCCUGAGUACCUCCAAAGUUUAUUUGCGAUGCUUCAGCGGGCGUCGCGGACGGCGGCGAGGGCGUUACUCGGGGUGUCAGUAACCCAACUUCUUCUUGACGUAUUUUCCAACUGUCUGGAGAACAUCUACACUCUGGUGGAGCGAGGCGUGCUGACACUCCUGUCAGAGCUUUUGGCGGUGGCAGUUGCCGCGGAUGAAAAGUACCGGGAAAACAGUAUUCAACGACUUGCCAUCGUUACGUCGCAGCUGAGUGCGUGUGGAUUUAGUCAUAAUGCGAUGCUCUUCCUGCUACAAAUGUGUUUGCGUAGACGCAGUGUGGAUUCUGUGAAGUAUGCGAAUACAGCCACCACGACUGUGUUCUCGAUGUGGCGGGCCAUGCUGCGGCAUUCCAUGCCAAGCUCUCAGCCCAUUUCCUUUUUAGGAAUAUCUGUUGGUUUUCCAGCUGUAACAAGGUUCCAGCCGACUGCGGUGCAGCGCCUCAAGCAUAGUUUAGGAAUCUACGGUGGCAUCGACGUAUCGAUGUCACUAACCGUCCCAAGGUCUGAAAAGUGUUUUUCAGUCGUACUUUGGCUCCUCGUGGAGCAAACUGCCUCUCUGUCCAUGGGAAGCGUGGAAUUUGUUUUAGUGUCCCUGUUCUUGGAUCAAAACAAAAUUGUUGUUAUGCUGCUCCUCUCCAAAGAGGGUGACUUAAGUCUAAGAUUGCUGCUGCCGGGGCAUCGCGAGCAACGCUUAAGGACUGUGCCUGUACCCAGCAUAGCGGUGCCAAGAGGGAAGUGGUGCAUGGUUUCAAUGUCAAUAGUUAUAGGGCAUCGGACAUCCACCUCAAUUCGUACAAAACUACCUCUGGAGUUCCGAGUUUCAUUGCAUGCUGCGACUGAUUAUGGUCGUUUAUCUUCAACGGAGGUUCGAGUCGGCGUUGAGAUGUCUCUUGGAGUACUAGGUAGGGUAAAUCCUUGGCCCUGGGAGGUGAAUGCGGUCUCCUUGGGUGCGGCGUGUGCACCGCCUGGUGAUUGCCCGCAGCAGCUACUUUUUGGGUCUCUAGGAAUGUUUGCGGGCCCCCUAUCCAAGUUGGAAUUGGCAUCUCUCUUUGCGAUGGGUAGUGACAACCUCUUUUCUCUUUCCUUCGUGGACAGGAGCUUUGUUGUUGGACUGUACCCGACCCUGGCGAACAUGACAGAGCAGGAGGUAGGGAUGUUGACGGAGGAAAUGGUGUUGCUUGCAGCUAUGUGGCGACAAGAUGGAAUCUCUAACAUGAAGGGUCAGCUUCGAAUUUCCAGCGCUUCCUUUCCGUUUAGUAGCUACUGCAGCAAGGAACACUUGCCUGUCAUUGUUGGUGUGUUUGGUGGUGAACUCUGCCUAGUGACGCACAUGGAGCGUCAUGGGCCUUCCAGUGACAUGGCUGAACGCCAAGAUGCCGAUGCAACGCCACGGGAUACGGCGGUUGACCGCCUGACGAAGAUUGGAUCUGUGACACGGGUAUCUCUUGGACUUUUCACGGACGAGGACAAUGUUCGCAGCUUUGGGAGCAUGUGGGUGGAAGCCAAUGGUCCACGCUUUCAUUCCGUGACGCCAGCGUAUUCAGCGCUGGAUGCUGUUGGUGGCAUUCCAUUCUUUGCCUGGGUGGCCACGCUGCAGGCGCCAUAUUCAACAGCGUUUGCAGAAGUGUGGGAGUGCGUAUGCGCCAUCGUACUCCGACACUCUCCGGCAAGUCUCUUGUGCUCAACACCAUGGCACGGAGGCCAGUCUUUGGUUAUUUUACUACGAGCCAUGCUGCAUGCUCGUAUCGAAAUAUCGGAGAGGAUUGCGGCUUCAUUAUGUGACGCUGUCGGACAUCGGUUAAUCGUGAGAACCGACCUCUUACCCCUUAUGCUUGACUUUACAUUAUGGUCUCAAGACGCGGAUGCUUUUCGUAUGGUGUUGUGCACGUUGGAAAAAUAUGUGGCGGAUGCGCAGUAUGGUUACCUUAACGCUCAACUUCUGCAGUACGGCAUCAAUUCUCAGCAUGGCGUAGGGAAUUGUUGUUAUGCCUUGGAGAAAUUUAUCCUUCAUCUGCUUAUGCAUUUUGCGGGGUAUACAAAUGGCGUUUGGGAUACAUCUAUCAUCGCGUGUGCAAUGUCCUUCGUGAGCACGUUGUGUCGGACAACGUUGCCCUUGAGACAACUUGUGCAGGCCGUUGUUUGCCUAGUUGUUGGCGACGCGGCGCCUCCCCAGCUUCCGGUGGAGUGGGCGGUUGGACUACUAGGUAUCGUCCACAGUGUCAUGGAGGUGAGUGACCCUACACAUUUGCUGGAUGCGGAUCUCGUCUCCGGCGUCGUGUCGCUUCUACAGUGCUCAAAUGAGCUGGUGCGGUGCAAAGCCAUCUCCCUCUUCUCAUGCCUGCCGCUUCCGAGAGGGCAGCUUAUUGCCAUGGUAGAUGUGUACAUGGCUCGCCAGCUGUUGUUAUCAGACUCCCCUUGCCUCUCCAAGCAGGAGCUUGCCAUUAUUGCGGAUAUAGUGCGGCGCAGCGCACGACUAAGCGAGGCAGGUCGGGUUCGAUCGCUCAUUUUUUUCCUGCUCGCACUUUUUUUGCACCUGCCGGUCGUCUUUCAGGUGGAGGUUAUGCAACUUUUGCGUGACGUCAUGGAAACUAAGGAGUUGUCCUCACACAGCUUUCUCUACGGUGUUGGGACCGGGGAUCAUUUGAUGGAACCGCUACCGAGCUACUUGAUUGGCAUCUUUCCCACCUUGGCGAUGGAGGGAUCUACAGUGACGGAGGCCUUCAUUGAGCUACUUACAUCCACCGCUGUGCACAUGAUUAAAAACGCAUGGACUGCUGCAGAUGCCAGUUGUGGACAGCUACUGGGUGAUGCACUGUGGGCCAUUUUUCAGACUGUUUUGCGCGAAGGCGACAAGGAAAUGAUGUGUGUGGCAGACGCGGAUGUCAAUAAGGCGGAAGCGUGGUUGAACCGUUUUAGUGUGCCGUGCUUCCACAUGUUUGCCGCCCUUGCAAAAAAUGACUGUUCAGCCUCGUUUGUGAACGAUUAUUUUUCUUUCCUUCGAAUUCAGGAAGCUAUUACGAUUCUCCUGAAUCGGUAUGAGAGCGAUGAUCGAGGAUGCAAUGAAGCUACCACAUCAGACGCCAAUGGAAUAGCUCCAAUGGCACUGGUGCAUAUGUACUCGAUGCACCUAGGAAAGACACUUGCGCUGAGAGAGUGUCAGACGGGGAUGUGCCUUACCUUACUCCUGCUGAAGGCUGCCCGCACAUUGUUUUUUGAACUACAGACGGGUAGCAUGAAGUGGAUGCCGAAAAAGCAUGCUGCAAAGCUGCGUGAAGAGUUACUGCUGUUACAGUGGAGAGUGAUCGCUACUGCACUAUACGAUGCUGAGAAAACCGAUGAUGAUGUGGUGAAGGAACUGCUGCUUGUACACCUUACCCAGAGUGAAAUUGCGGAGCAUGGUGCCCAUCAUUCCCAAUGGGAAAGGCAUAAGUCACUGUCGUACCCGCUGGAUGUGGCGGACUGGAAGCAUUUGUGGCUGUCACCCCACACAGUAUUGAUGGAGCUGUGGAAAAGGGCGCCUGGGGAGACAUUGAAAGACUGUGCACCCUGGAUCAUCGUUUUGCGAGCUGCCUUUAGUUUCCUCCAUGUCCCGCUGCGGGGUAAUUUGGGUCGGUUUCAUAUGUCGCUAGCUAUCUGUCGUCUUAUACGCCACAACGCCACUAUGUGGUCUCUUGUCAGACGAGGCGUUUCCCCGUCGUCCACAACUGAGCUGGAGGCGACUCUAACAGCCCAGGAACAGGCUUUGCUUGCCGAGGAUGCAGCGACGUUGGGUGACUCUCUUUGGGGGAUUGAGCUCUCACAUCGUGGGGUGGCGGCCAUUGAGAAAUACAUCACAGCCACCCGCUCCGCGGCAGUCGCAGCUUUGCAACACCGUGGCCUGCAGCAAAGGCUUUCGCUCCUGUCGAUGGACUCCAAACAGGCUGUGCAGUGCCACGACCAAUUCGAUGCAGGGAUGCGUCAGUUUCAGUCUUCCAUUUGGCAUAAAGCGGCGCUUUACAAGAAGUCUCUGGAAGAGGAUGGUAGUGCAAUUCUAGCUGCCCAUGCCGCCUACCGUUUUUCCUUGUUGCCAUGGUGGGGACAUUGUAUCAGCCUCUACUCACGCAAUCCGCCACCACUGAACCGCUGGGAACUAGACCGCUUUAUGGGCCCUGAAUGGCAGCGCAUACGUCUUUGUCGCUUCAUUCGCAAUGUGCGAAUUACGACGACGGAGGACACGGACCAAUAUCUUUGCGCCGUCUACCGAGACGGCAUGGCUUUUAUCGAUGAUAUCAGACUCUUGGAAUUAUACUCCGUGACAGCCGUUCCGCAGGUGCUAAACAUUGAUUCCCUUGAAACGGAUUCUCUGGCUGUCACGUGCAAGCUGGUGCUUCCUAUGGGUCGUGUCCCUAUAACGCUUUGUGUGGCCCCCAAAAAUAUAUCGUACGUUGUAGAAGGGUUUGAGCAUGGUGUGACACAACUUGGAAGAGAGGCUACGAAGGCGUCUGGCCUAUCCACCUUUGUGGAGUCGCACGACUUUGAAACGCGACUGCCGAAGACCCUCAAGAACAAGCAGGAAAUGCCACGUUUUCGUCGUGUUUUGAGCGUCGCUUCCAUACGUGCGGUAUGGCCGCGUCGAGAUUUACUGCGGCCUUGUGCGUUGGAGCUGCUCCUUUCCACAGGAGAAACCCUGUUUCUUACGUUUGACUCGGAGGAGGUGAAAAAAACGGUAAUGGAACACAUUGUCGAGUGCGCCCGCCCGCAUCUUGACAAGACUCUGGUGCUAACGGAGAACAACCUAAAGAUGUGGCGGAACUGGUGGUGCGAGGGCCGCAUCUCCAACUUUCACUACCUGAUGUACCUGAACAUUGCGGCAGGUCGCUCAUACGGUGAUUUGCGGCAGUACCCCGUGUUUCCCCACGUGGUGGCUGACUUUUGCUCCCCCACGCUGGAUUUGUCGUCGCCCGCCGUCUAUCGCCGGCUCGACAAACCUAUGGGGGCGCAGACCCCUGACCGCGAAUUGCGGGCAGUGCAACGGUACAGUGAGAUUGAGGCGCUGCCCCAAACGGAACGUAGUGCGUGUAUCGACUUGAUCCCCCACCACUACGGCACUCACUACGCCCCUGUUGGAGGGGCACUUCACUUUUUGGUUCGAGUGCAGCCCUUUUCCGAGUAUUUCUUGCACAUGAACUCCAACCUCGACGAUGCAGGUCGUGUGUUUGACUCCAUGGCCACCGCCUACUUCAUCUCCAUGGGCAAGGAUGUGAAGGAGCUUCUUCCAGAGUUGUAUUGUUUUCCUGAGAUGUUUGUUAAUUCCAACCGAAUUCCUUUUGGAGUGAGGCAGGACGGAAGAGUUGUAGAUGAUGUGCAGCUGCCUCCAUGGGCAUCGACCCCGCGGGAGUUGACGCAAAAACUGCGGCAGGCACUUGAAAGCCGUCACACCUCUGAAAAUCUGCACGCUUGGAUUGAUCUCAUGUUUGGCUACAAACAACGUGGCAAGGAGGCGGUGGAGGCGGUGAAUGUGUUUCACCCACUGACCUACGAGGGAUCGAUUGAUCUUUCCACCGUUACAGAUCCGGUUCUUCUCUCCAGCCAUGAAACACAAAUAGACUGCUACGGUCAAGUGCCUUUGCAGCUGUUUACCCAGCAGCACAAGUCGCGCAUAAAGCCAACAUACCCCCCAUUCUUUCCAAGCCCUUGUCCAACACUGCGCUACGAGGCCUCAAGUUCGCGUGCCUGUGUUGUGCUUAACCCUAAAAACCUUGUGCCGAUAUUAAAUGUAGCAAAGGUGGAGGGAACCGUGGUUGUGUUUCCCCGCGCAAAAUUUGCCACUGCUGCCCGGGGCGCAGAAGAAGCGAGUGAGUGGAAGCUCUCUAUGACGCAGUCACGACCUAUAGCGCUACCAAUGCAUUGUUUGCCGUUCACAGUGAUCCAUGAUCAACUGAAGGAUUGUCUCUGCCUCCGAGGAAAUUGCAUCGCAAUUUUGGAUGGAAAGGAUUUAUCUCGUGAAAUGUGUUCGCUUCACGUCAGCAACGGAAGGAUCACCACAUUUACGGUUGACCCGCCGAGUGUCUAUGCCGGAAUGGCAUCGGGUGCCAUCCAUGUGUUGGGGAUUACCUACGAGGAAUGGACUGAAGUAGAGGUACCACUUCAGGAAGAAUCUGGAGAAGACAAAAACAGGAUACAUGCCGCGGAAAAAGCGUCACACAAGGAAGUGAAAACGGUGCGAAAUCGAGGUGCCGUUCGACGGCGUGUGUGUGUUUUAUAUGGGCAUACUGCACCAGUGAUUGCGCUUUGCGUCUCCGCCGAGUGGGGGAUUUUGGUUUCUACUGCGGAGGAUCAUAAAGUGGCGGUGUGGGACACAGCACGCCUGGUGCUCCUUCGCACCAUCCCCCAUCCGUGCCCGGCGACAAAGUAUCCAGAGCCUUUAUUCUAUGCGAGUAUGUGGCGGCAAAGUGCCGGCAGUGACGUUCUCUGGCACUAUGACCUUAUCGCCGUCAAUGCAAAGGAAGGUGACAUUGCUUUGGCUGGCUACUCCCCGAAGGGUGCUCAUGUUGUUCAACUUUAUACUCUUAAUGGAUCUCUUGUGGCUGUGCAUGAUCUUGGCGAAGAACCCGCAACUGCCCUCCUUUCCGUUGGCGGGGUUAUGUUCGUCGCACAGGGGAUGAUUGUACGGGUUCUGCGGGAGAAAGACCUGCUGUGGCUAAGUGACAUCCGCCACCCCGGCCUUGAGGACACCAUAAAAUCUCUGGCGCUUAGUCCCAACGGCACGAUUUUGGCUGCGUGUGACCGAAAGUCAACACUUGUCACAUGGAAGGUAGGCCUCUGA